AUGAAAGGAGAAAUCAAUGGCGUCAAUUGCGAUCGCUGCUUUGUGAAUACUACAUCUCUCUGGCGCAGACAUCCCGUUACCCAGGCAUAUCUCUGCAACAUAUGUGGACUUAAGGCAUAUGAGGAGGAGGGAAAUGCAGCAACGAGGAAGCGCAAACGCGCUCCUAAAAAGCGCAAAAAGAGAUUGAAUAGGAAGAAGGCAACCAUGCAGCUGCCAGCGGUUUCGUCUCGCGAUAAUUUCCAAGUGUAUCUUGAUCAGGUUCUCGAAAAUCGCAUCAAGAGAACGGGUAGCGCGAUGGAUAAGGCUAAAGAGACCAAGCUGCAAUCACCCUUCAGAGACGUCACUAACACGCAUUCAUCAAACGCAAUUUCUGGACAAGAGACUCUUCUCGGCGGCAAGUCAUUCAGUUUGGAUGAAAUGUUCUCUAUUAAGCCAGACCCAACACUCGCGGACUCUCAAAGCGACUCUUUCCCGUCGUUGACGUAUGAGGUAGACGAGCAAUGUCCCAAGACAGCGACACUGAAUGAGAAUCUGGAAAUGGGAAAGGAUCAGUUCGGUUUUAACCAAGAUUUCCAAGCUGAAGACUAUGACUUCAAAGGAGCGUUAUCAAAUAAUGCUCGUAGAGUUUUGGUUCAAUCAAGGAUGCUCGCCACACCAUCGUCACCUCAGGGGAUGGCCACCACUGUGGAUUCAGGCUCUGGGCCUUUAAGUGCACCAAAGGAUUUGGACUCGCAGGCAAUCAUUGCACCACUCGAUUCCUUCGGAUUCAACAUUAGUGCUGAGCACAAAUCAGCAGAUCCAAGAAGACCUAUUUACUUGGAUGCACAAGCUACGACACCACUCGAUCCACGUGUUCUUGACAAGAUGUUGCCUUGGUUUACAAAUCAAUACGGUAACCCUCAUUCGAGAACACACGUAUAUGGGUGGGAGUCUCAAGAUGGUGUUGAAGAAGCUAGAAGCCAUAUCGCAGGUCUCAUCGGUGCAGACCCUAAGGAUAUUAUUUUCACAUCAGGUGCCACAGAGGCUAACAACAUGUCUAUAAAGGGUGUUGCUAGAUUUAACAAGAACAGAAAGAAGCACAUUAUUACCACCCAAACGGAGCACAAGUGUGUUUUGGACUCGUGCCGCCAAAUGCAAGAGGAGGGCUUUGAUGUGACAUACUUGCCAGUGCAAACUAAUGGCUUGGUCUCACUUGAAGAGCUCGAAAAGGCUAUCAGACCUGACACAUCGAUUGUAUCUAUCAUGGCCGUCAACAACGAAAUUGGUGUUAUUCAACCACUUAAGGAAAUUGGAGAGAUGCUUCGUAAAUACAAGGGUGUUCACUUUCACACAGACGCUGCACAAGCUUUAGGAAAGAUUCCUAUGAGCGUACAGGACAUGAAUAUUGAUUUAAUGUCGCUUUCUGCUCACAAGAUAUAUGGUCCAAAGGGUGUUGGUGCAGUGUAUGUUAGACGUCGCCCAAGAGUCAGAAUAGAUCCUCUCUUCAGCGGUGGUGGUCAAGAAAGAGGCCUGAGAUCUGGUACCGUCCCAGCUCCACUGGCUAUUGGAUUCGGUGAAGCCUGUCGUAUUGGUAAGGCAGAGAUGCAGCACGAUCAUGAUAGAAUAAGCGCACUCAGACAGAGGCUUUUGAAUGGUAUCAUUGGGAAACUAGAACACGUAAACUUGAAUGGUAGCGAAACAGCAACUUAUCCAGGUUGCACGAACCUUUCAUUUGGAUUCGUUGAAGGUGAAUCGCUGUUAAUGGCACUGAAUGACGUUGCUCUGUCUUCGGGCUCUGCAUGUACAUCAGCUUCGCUCGAACCAUCAUAUGUUUUGAGAGCCUUGGGUGCUGACGACACAAUGGCUCACUCCUCGCUUCGUUUCGGUAUCUCAAGGUUCACUACUGAAGCAGAGAUUGAUUUGGUUGUCAACAAGAUUGUCGGUGUUGUCAACAAACUGAGGGAUAUGUCACCACUAUGGGAAAUGGUUCAAGAAGGUGUUGAUUUGAGAACCGUUGAAUGGUCUGGAUAA